CACGACUGGGUACCCGACCACCAUUUCCAAUGCAGAUCAACGUCAUCCUCGUCAAUUUGUUUAAGUUUUCUCUCAUUAAGUUUCAACUAAAAAGUUGACAAAAUCAACAGUAUUCUCUUUAUUUCGUCCAGGCAUACACAUACCAAACGUUGUUGCGUGAAGUACUGCUUGAAAACCCAAAGUCGACACAGCUCACCAGGGAUGCAGAAUCAGCAAUGAGAAAUGAUAGCACAGCUAACCAAUGCUUGAGAUGACCAGUAUGCUGACCGAUGCCAAGCCGGGCAGUGACGACACGGCCGAUGGUAACGACAACCCCGAUGCCAGCAUGAACGGUGACUCGUCAAAGAGGGCGCUGGUCCGCCCCUCGUCCCCGCCCCCCAUCACCGGCUUCACCAAGGUGCUAGUUGCCUUUGCGGCCCUCGGGGGCUUUCUCUUCGGAUACGACACGGGCGUGGUGUCGGGCGCUAUGAUCCUCCUGAGGCAAGAGUUCAAUCUGAACACACUUUGGCAGGAACUAGUGGUCAGUGUUACUAUCGCAGCAGCAGCCGUUGCUGCGCUCUUUGGCGGCAAACUGAACGAUGUCUUCGGAAGGAAACCAGUGAUUCUCCUGGCCAGCGCUAUCUUCACGACGGGGGCUGUAGUCAUGAGUAUAUCACAGAGCAAAGAAAUCCUACUGGUCGGCCGGAUCAUCGUGGGUCUGGGUGUAGGUCUAGCCUCUAUGACAGUACCCAUGUACAUUGCUGAAGCAGCCCCUGCUCAUUUAAGGGGUCGUCUAGUCACUAUCAAUAAUCUGUUCAUUACCGGGGGACAGUUUGUAGCGUCGGUCAUUGAUGGAAGCCUGUCUUAUUGGCCCUGGGGAUGGAGGCUAAUGCUAGGUUUGGGAGCUGUGCCAUCGGCCAUUCAAUUGAUAGGCUUCAUCUUCCUACCAGAGAGCCCCCGUUGGCUCAUCCUCCACGAUCGUCCGCAGAAGGCUAAGAAGGUUCUGACCUUGAUUUACGGGAAGGGCAGCCCGGAGGUCGGCAGCCAGUUAGAGAAAAUUAGCAAGAGUGUCUUGGAACAACGGGAGGAACAACAGGCGAUGAAAGGGAGUAAUUGGGUGAUCCUGCGUAUUCUCCAGACACCACCAGUACUCAAGGCUGUCAUCGUGGGUUGCAGCCUGCAGAUGUUCCAGCAGCUAGCUGGUAUCAACACAGUCAUGUACUACAGUGCAACAAUUAUUCGUAUGUCAGGGGUCAAGGACAACUCCACCGUCAUCUGGCUGGCCGCCGUCGUUGGUUUCGUCAAUUUCCUCUUCACCUUCGUCGGCGUUUACUUAGUGGAUAGACUUGGGCGAAGGAUUCUAACACUGGGAAGUCUUUCAGGUGUGACUUUCAGCCACAUGUUUCUAGGUAUCGGGUUCCUACUGAUGGCCAUCAACGCUCCACCCGUCACCGUCCACAACCCUCAGGCUGGACAGUGUGGCACUUACAGCAAUUGUGAACGAUGCAUUCUGCAGGAGGAAUGCGGUUUUUGCUUCGACGUGAACAGGACAGGAUCUGUUGUGAACGGAUCUUGUCUCCCCAUUAAUGAGUCCAGUACGGGAUACUCCAAUGUCGGCCGGUGUUCAGCAGCAGAGGGGUUUGUCGACGGCAGUGGUGAGCUGGAUUGGUCGGAGGAAUACUGCCCGACAAAAUUCGGCAUCAUGGCACUCGUUGGACUCAUUGUUUAUCUGAUGUUCUUUGCUCCAGGUAUGGGCCCUAUGCCUUGGACAAUCAACUCUGAGAUCUACCCACAGUGGGCCCGCAGUACUGGCAACGCCCUAUCCUCAACCACCAACUGGCUGUUCAACCUGCUGAUAUCCAUGACGUUCCUGAGCCUGGCCGAGACCAUAACCAGACAAGGUACAUUUUUCAUGUACGCCGGUAUCUCGCUGGCCGGUGUCCUGUUCCUCUACUGCCUGCUGCCGGAGACCAAAGGUCGGCCGUUGGAGGAGGUCAUCAACCUAUUCAGUAAACCCUGGUCCCCCUGUUGCGGCGAGGAUGCCUCUCGAUCUUACAAACCUCUGGAUGGAUCCUCCUUUCAAGACGAAAAAGAAGAUCAAAGGGAACCACUGUUAUUUCCAGACGAUGACCGACAGUCCCAUGAUGUUGCUGCAGUUACUUGAUAUGUGACUACGAACGUGACAAGUAACACAUUUUAUAUAAAAUAAAGAUUCAGCUAAUAUCAUUGAAUAAUUAUGAGAAUUGAAUGUUAAGGUUGAAUAUCUUUCUUUAAAGUCACCCAAUCUUGCAGGGCCGAGAUUUAUAUCUGUGCGUAUAUUAGUGCAUUACUGUUGGAACUCUAUCGGCAGACUUCAGCCUCAUAGCCUUGCAAAAUCUAGCAAAGUCCAACAAAUCCAAUGAAAUCCAAAUAAAUCCAACAAAAUUAACAAAAUUCAACAAAUCAACAAAAUCCAACUGUAUCCACCAAAAUCAAACUAUCUGAAAAUCCAAUCAAAUCCAAUCAAAUCAAAGAAAACCCAAUCAAAUCCAAUUAUCUGAAUAUCCAAUGAAAUCCAAUAAAAUCCAACAAAACCCAUCAAAAUCCAACUUUAUCCAACCAAAUCCAACUAUGAUAUCCACCAAAAUUCAACCAUAUGAAUAUCCAAUGAAAUCCAAUAAAACCCAACAAAAUCCAACUUCAUUCAACAAAAUCAAACUUUAUCUAAAAAAAAUCCAAAUAUAUCCUCCAAUAUCAAACAAUACCCAACAGUAUCCAUCAGGUGGAUUUAGGUGGAUUUUGUUGGAUCAAAGCAGAAACAAGAGAACUUUUUACUUCAAACUUUUGGAUUCUGUUUAAUUUAAUCAUCUUACCUUUACCGUUGUUGAAUUUUGUUGGGAGCUAAGGAAAAAAAUACUUAAUAAAGACCAGUGCUGUUAUACACUUACCAGGAACCAUGUGUAGUACAAUGCGAACAUUAACUACCUCAAAUAGUGUUGGUUUGCACAUUGUUUCUGUUUAAGGUUUCAGAUUUGUUUUUCCAGUUGAAUAAUGUGACCUGCCAUGGCAUAAUGAGGAAUAACCCCCACCUUUGACUUUUCACGUUAUGUACAUCAUAUUAAGCGUAAAUCAUUGGCUUUCCAAUGAUACCAAAAAUAUUUCUGUAGCUUAAUUAAUUCCAAAGAUAUGCCGCAGGAACAUCAACGGUGUCCUGCCAAUCUUCGCCAAACUCAUUUCGAGAAAAACGGCUUUGAAAAAAAGACACGCAUUGCGCUGCCAAGGGCAGUGAAAAACAUUCCUUAGGUUUUCCGCUUUUGUGGGUAUUUUUUUCCCCAACAAAAAUGCAUAGUGUAAAUCUUGGAUACCUUGGCCACUCAAAAAUACGAAACUAUCAAUAUCGAUUUUGACAUGAUUUUUCUAGUAUACAUGUAUCCGACUUCAGGCGUCGAUUACUAAAAACAAAGUUUUGGGGGACAUUCCUCAUUUUGCCUCAGUGGGUCACAAAUACUAAUAACUGGGGCCAAAGGAAUUUUACAUGGUACAUGUACAUGUACUUUAAUCAAAGAAUAUCGUUUUAGGUUGUUUCAUUGCCAAUAUCUAAGGCCUGCUAUCUUCUAUUGAUUUAUAACAACCCCAAUGUCCCGAAAAAUAUUGGUCAAGAUUUCACUGGUUCUCGAGCGCCAUUUGGUCUGUCAGUCCUAUUCCAUAAUCGAUGUGAACCAGGGAGAGGUCAAAUUAGAUUUCAGGCUUGUACUGAUGUUUGAAAACUUUCAAAAUUAGUCUUUGGUGAUCUUGUUGGUAUUGGUGUGAUUUAAAUUAAAUCCUUUAAAAAGAAUCCCUAAAGUUUGAAAGUGUUUAAUUAAAAUCAAGAGGUUGAGUCAAAGAUUGAGGAAUAGAUGUGUAAUAUUAAUAUUUUAUGAGGCUUAAAAAAUUAUCAGCAAAAGAAUUCUAUGUAUUUUUUAUAUUUAUGUUUAUUUUAACUUAAAAUAAUUUUAAAAAGAUAGAGAGUUCCGGUCGAAGCACAAAAAAAAAAAUCUUGUCGGUCUUCCUUAACAUUAACUAUUAAAAGGCAUAGAAAAUAAUUGAAUACAUCUUCUGAAAUCGAUUUAUAACGUUUUUGACAUAUUUAAAAUGGAAUAAAAUGAAUUGAUUGUGCAGGGGAAUGCUUGACACACAUACGUACUCACAUGCCUAGUACUGAGAUAUCAUUUGGAUCAGUGCCACAUUUUGCUGCUUAGCAUAUACAUGUACAUUGUAUUUGUACACUAGAGGGAUUUUGUGUGGUAUUGAGAUAAUGGGCUUUUGUGUGUAGCUGGAAAAUCAUGUUUCGGCGCGCUCGCUAGUCGCUAACCUUAUCCAAAGCUCACCAUUUUCCUUCAAGCCAAGUUGCCAAUGUUUAUAUUUUUGUAAUAUAAUGCUAAAUUUAUGUCCAGCAGAACAUAGAAAACUAUGUUAAAUUGACGUAGAGAUUAAACAUGCAAUCUCCAUUUGUUGCCUUAUGCCAACUAAAGCAACUCGCUCAAUUACACACAAACGUGUGAAAUUUCUUAACUCAGUAUUUUAACACCGGUCAGCAGACUUUUCAAAAUCUUUCUUUUCUUGUUCUACUGAAAUGUAUAAAUGCUGCCAGACCAGUCGUAUGCAAUGUAUAUAACACAAUGUUAGCAUCACAUUAUUCAGUUCCAACUUCCAACCCAGUUAUGUAUCAAUUUCUUCCACUUAAUAAAACCAAAAUGUGGGCAUUCCAGGGGAAGAUACACAAGGAAGAAGAAUAUGUAAAACUCUUCUGUGUUUUUGUUUUUAUGAGUAUUUUUUUUUUAUUUUACCAAAUAUUUUAACAAAUAAACAACAAAAGGGAAAGGUUCGGUUUUAAACAAACUUUAAGUGAACAAAGGCAUUGACUUAUUGGAGACGGCUUGAUGCGCAGUUGGGCAAGUCCAAGAAAAGUUCUUUUUUUUUUGGUCGCAUACGUAACACCAUAUUUUCUUUAAUUACAUAAUCAUCGCAAAAACUAAUAACAUAAAGGAAUCUUUUGGGGUAUUCUCCUUGCAGAUGCCCAACAGUAGAAUAAAAACACUGAAAUCCAUGAAUAUCUUAGAGGGUUAAACUUUCGUCACGUAUGGGACAUAGCGGGCGCGAAUUCUUGGACUUGCUCACUUGGCAAACUACCCAAGUCAAUUCCUUGAUUCAACCUGACGUUUUGUAAGAUUUCAUUUGUAAAAAAACAACAUGAUUCGUCAUCGGCAGAUCCAUCUCUGAACCUUUUUCUUGGCUUAUUUUUUUAAAUGAAAAAGAUCUUUACCUUGAACACUUUACCUCUGAUAAAAACAUGCUUAUUAUGUUCAGUAUUUAAAGAAUUCGUAAAGAGGUAUAUUGUUUCACCUUCCGCAUAUACAGGGUGACCCCCAAAAAAUGCAACC